CAAAACUAUAACAACGCAUCACUUUUUUCAAGAUGGCUGAACGUCGUGUUAUGCCCGAUGAUCUCAAAAAUAUUGAAUUUGAAACAAGUGAAGAUGUCGAUGUUACUCCAACAUUUGACCACAUGGGAUUAAGGGAAGAUCUUUUGAGAGGAGUGUACGCUUACGGUUUUGAAAAGCCUUCUGCCAUUCAACAGAGAGCUGUUAAACCAGUUGUUAAAGGGAGAGAUGUUAUAGCUCAAGCCCAGUCAGGCACAGGAAAAACAGCAACAUUUUCUAUUGCAAUUUUACAAUGUUUGGACACACAGAUUCGGGAGACACAAGCGUUAGUCCUCUCUCCUACUCGUGAACUUGCCAUACAGAUUCAAAAGGUUAUCCUCGCCUUGGGUGACUAUAUGAGUGUUCAGUGUCAUGCCUGCAUAGGUGGUACAAAUGUUGGGGAAGAUAUCAGAAAAUUAGAUUAUGGGCAGCACGUUGUGUCAGGAACACCAGGCAGAGUGUUUGAUAUGAUCAAGCGCAGAAACCUUCGUACAAGAUCUAUAAAAAUGCUGGUUCUUGAUGAGGCUGAUGAAAUGUUGAAGAAAGGUUUUAAGGAACAAAUCUAUGACGUCUACAGAUAUCUACCACCAGCCACACAAGUUGUUCUUAUCUCUGCCACACUUCCACAUGAAAUUCUUGAAAUGACCAAUAAGUUUAUGACAGAUCCCAUCCGCAUUCUUGUCAAGCGUGAUGAGUUGACGCUGGAAGGUAUUAAACAGUUUUUUGUGGCAGUAGAGAGAGAAGAAUGGAAAUUUGACACACUCUGUGAUCUCUAUGAUACAUUAACAAUCACACAGGCAGUCAUAUUUUGUAACACUAAAAGGAAAGUAGAUUGGCUGACAGAUAAGAUGAGGGAAGCAAACUUCACAGUGUCAUCGAUGCAUGGAGAUAUGCCUCAAAAAGAAAGAGAGGCUAUCAUGAAAGAAUUCAGAUCUGGUGGAAGCCGAGUUCUGAUCACAACAGAUGUUUGGGCCAGAGGUAUUGAUGUGCAGCAAGUGUCAUUAGUCAUUAACUAUGAUCUCCCCAACAGCAGAGAGUUGUACAUUCACAGAAUUGGCAGAUCAGGUCGUUUUGGACGCAAGGGUGUUGCCAUUAAUUUUGUGAAAAAUGAUGACAUCAGAAUUCUAAGAGAUAUUGAACAGUACUAUGCCACACAAAUUGAUGAAAUGCCAAUGAAUGUUGCUGACCUUAUUUAAUGUCUGGCUGCGUGGAACAAAGAUGGCUAAACUCACAUCCCACAUGUUGUAAUUAAUGUUGAUACAAUUUUAGUUGACAAGUUUUUUUUUUUUAUCCAAAUGGAAAGUCCUCUUGCAAUGUACAUUUUUGGCUGCUAUGUUUCUGGCAACUUUUAUUGUAAUUUUUAACAACUGUUGCAUCAGGGGGAAUAUUUAGUAGGACCACAUUUCAGUUUUACACAAAGUAAAUUGAAAGUAGCCUUAAUUUGUUUUACAAGUUUCCUUCAUCAAUGUCUGCAAUAGUAAAAAAGAUGUGGGAUGAAUUGAUUGACUUGUGUCCCCUGACAUGGGCUCUGGGAUUAUUUUGUUGGCCUUCUUCAACCAGAUCGUGUCAUAACCAAGUACAGACUCAAGUCAUGUUGCCAUUGUAAAUUAAUCUUUUUGGUACAAUUAAAAGUGUUAACACUA